AGAUUCGGUUUAUGGUUGAUACUGCUGUCGUUGGUUGUAACUGGAUUGAACUUCCUGCUGGUAAAUACAUAAUAAGAAAUGACAAUGUGAAAACAUCAAGAUGUCAGUUGGAGGUGGAUAUCGCUUGGGAUCAAUUCAUUAGUCACCCUUGUGAAGGUAACCACGUUGUACAUGUUAUAGUGGAUAUGACACGGAAAUUUGUAUUCUGACCAACUCCAAAAAUUAUAAUAAUAGUUUUGUUUGUGGAAACACCACGUAAAUUUAUUACUGAUUAUAAUUUAUUAUAAUCAUAUAAUUUAUUAUAAUUACAUAUCAUAUAAUUACAUAUAAUUUAUUACAUCCAAAAAUUAUGUGAUGGCAUUAUGUGACGUUACUGGCUAACGACUCCAAAAAUCCUUGCUUACCUCCAUAUACAGGGUGUAUAAAAAAAGGUAAUCCAACUUUUGACAUGUUACUGUAUCGUGCGUUAACUAAUACGUCAAUAGGUUUUCUUUUUCGUAUUUAUAAAGAACAGGCUUUUAGCUGUCGAAUGACACCUUUGUGAAAUGAUUACGACAAAAAAUGACCAAAUGCGAUCUGACCCAAAGUGCUCAGUUGAAUUCACAUUUUUCCACUGUUGGGAUGUGAAUAUUCUUCCAAUUUUCCAACAUCUGCCCAAAUGUUUGUUGCCCAUUUAGAAAACGUAUGCCAUUGUGAGUCCAGUGCGCAAGCUUCCAGUGUUGUAAAGUGUUUUAGCCUCUCAAUUUCUAUGUAAAAUGCGAGUAAAAGUUUAUCAAAGCGUGAUGCUUAGACAUGCGUUGCGCCAUAUUCACUCAAGGGACUUUAAUUUAAAUCCCAAAUGAGAAUAAUUUAGUAUACGGACAAUAGCUUUACAUGCAAUUUCCAACGGUGGAAAAAUGCGAUUUAGACCAGUAUUUUUAAAUCGGGUCGUAUUUGGCCAUUUUAGAUCACAAUGAUACAAGAAAUUAAGGUAGCAUUUGACAGCUAAAAGCCUUAUCUUUAUUGGUAUGAAAAAAGCAGAUGGAUGCACAAUAUAUAACAUGCCAAAGUUGGAUUACAUUUUUUAUACACCCUUUGUAAGAGAAUCUGCAGUUAGUUAAGCAAUCAACACAACUUGUCCUAAACCUGAUAAACCACUGAUGCUAUUUCUUUGAAUAAUACUUCAAACAUUUCUAAAAACUAAAGAUUUUUAUAUAUUUAUAAGCCUUUCAGACAAAACAAGUGCUUGUUGAUUUCACAUCUAUAAAUUGCCCUUGUUUAUUUUGGAACUUAUAUUCUGUUCAUAUUUUUAUCUUCGCUUUUUCGACAUUGUUUUUUUAAAGUAUUAAAAAACUAUUUGCUGUAAACAAUGCUAUAAAAAGCGAAUAACCUGCUGUUUUCUCUUCAGAGAACGUCGGUAAUUUUUAGCCGCCAUCUUGUUUUUUUUCUACUGGCAGGACACGAGCCAUUAUCCUGCUAGUAGAGAGCCAAUCAAAUUGCAGAAUAGCUCAUAGGGUGAGUCCUACUCACAGGAUAUGAAACCGGACCAACAGGAUAUUUUUUAGGCCGCAUCCUUUAUUUUUCAUCAUAUUUUUAGGGGAGUGGCAAAAGAUUGCUCCAAUUCGAAUUCUGAGUUUCGAUAUUGAAUGUGCUGGACGCAAGGGUAUCUUCCCAGAGCCAGAAAAGGACCGUGUUAUUCAAAUUUCUAACAUGGUUAUUCGUCAGGGUGAGAAAGAUCCGUUUAUCAGAAACGUUUUUACGCUCAACACAUGUGCUUCUAUAAUUGGAUCCGAGGUGAAAUCUUAUAAGAACGAGAAGGAUUUACUUCAGGUGAUGCAAUGUACAUCUUUGUUAAAGCUAUUUAUUAUCUUUAAAGUUCUAAACUGUAGCAUUUGCUUUAAUAAACAGGAUCAGAAAUUACGCCAACAAAUUUAUUGACACUUAAGAUGAGUCAGCUUUUAAUAGAAAUUCUAUUAAAAACGCCAGCCAUUUUUACCAAUUGUAAAUGUUUGGGUUUUUUGUAUUAUUUUCUGCUAGAAAUGGCUGUAUCUUAUAGUCAAUGAAAUUUGCACUUUAUUUCAUUUUUUGACACUGUAUUUCAUUUUCUGACACUGUAUUUCGAAAACAUUGCAGUGCUCUUACAGGCCUGCAAAUUACCGACCGAUUUACUGUAGGUGGCCGACCGAUUUAGGUUGGUCAAAUGGUCAAUUUCAUUGAUGAAACCAAAGCAAUAUAAACGACAAUCUUCCAUUAUUUCUUGGCUGCAUUAAGCCGGAAGAUUUAAUUACAAAUAUAUAAAUCGUCUUCUUAUAACAUGAUAGAAAUUAAAAUUAUGUAUAACCUGAACCAUAAUUUAUUGAAAAUGCAGUACAUUAGGACUUGCAGAUUUCUACUCAGUUUUAGAUGCACUGCAGAACAGAGCAACAUGACCAGCUGAAAUACAUCAUGCUAACAUGAAAAAGACCAUGAAAAAUUUUCCUUCCUUCAUUGUCCGAAAAAAACUGAUAAAUGUCCGAACAAUUUUUGUCUUGAUCGGACAUCUGUCCUUCCAAGCAAAAUACUUAUUUGCAAGCCUGUCUUAGCCAAUCAGAGUCGAGAAAUGUUUUCAUUUAUAUUAUUAGUAAAAUAAAUGAAUUCAGGACCAGAUUUAUGAACAAACGUUGACCAACAUAGAUAAUGAGUUAUAUUUUACACAGCCAUCUUCCCUUCGAUAGGCUAUGUUUGGUCACAAAGAAGUAGUUUUGUAUAGGGCUAGCCUAGCCCUAGCCUAGCCCUGCUUUUUACGUCACCAAACCAUAAACGAUUCAUCCAAGGUGCCGGACGGCUCAUUGUGUUCAGGCGAAGUAUUUCCAAAACUAAGCAAGAUAUGAAAAAUCGUUGAAGGAGUAUUCUAUAUAAUUUAAAAAGUUCUACCAGAUGAGACAAACUUAAUUUUUAUUGACAAGUAAAUUGUCAAAGUAUUAGGAAACGUAUUGAUUAUUUAUUAUACAUAUAGUAGAGAGUGAGAUACUGACAGUGACAUAUUUUUCAUAUCUUCACUAAUGAAGAUAUUGAUCACGUAACUUUUAGUAUUUAUACAAUUUUUUGCUUGGGACUAUAUAAUAAACAGAACAUUACACGGUGGCUUGAAGAUAUGACUUUUAUCUUCUCGUCUGAAGAUAUGACUUUUAUCUUCUCGACUUGAAGAUAUGACUUCUCGAAGAUAAAAGUCGUAUCUUCGCGCCGCCUUGUAAUAUCCUCUAUUUAUGUUACCUUAUAGGAGUGGUCCAACUUCGUGAAAGAAGCAGAUCCUGACGUAAUCACUGGUUACAACAUCGUUAACUUUGAUUUACCGUACGUACUCAACCGCGCAAUUGCGUUAAAGGUAUUAAAAUUCCCAUUCAUUGGACGGAUCAAAGAAGAUAAAAGCACGGUGUCAACCACAACAUUUCAAUCUCGUGCCUAUGGCAAACGUGAAAAUAAGGUUAUUAAUAUCACUGGUCGCGUUCAGUUUGACUUGUUGCAUAUUUUGCUUAGAGACUAUAAACUUAGAUCCUAUACUUUGAAUUCAGUCAGUUAUCAUUUCUUACAAGAACAAAAGGAGGAUGUACCACAUUCAAUUAUUGCUGAUUUACAGGUAAGUUUAAUAAGAAGGUUUUCUCGAAAUUCACCCGUUUUCCCUGUCGUGGGGCGCGGGCUUUAGGACCAAUUCAAUUUGUCAACAAUGGUAUUCUAUCCAAAUAGCAGUUAAAAUAAAGUGUACCACACCUUAACUGUUCAAUAUCUUGCUUGACAGUGCUUUUCAAUCCAUAAGUACAUUUACAUGUUGUGCAAAUACUGUAUAUUUUCAAAACCCGCCAUAUUUAUUUACAUUAGAACCCAAGCUCAGCUAGCUUUUGUGGCUCACGCCCGUGAUUUGCACUAAUAAUAGGAGGGUAUAAGAUGAUCCAAUUAUUUCAUCGUUAUAGAAGCAAGAGGAAACCAUGCCAUGCACAAACGUGUCCCCAAGUUCCUUAUAUUGCACAAACGGUUCUAAUGUAAAUAAAUAUGGCGGAUUUUGAAAAUAUAAAGUAUUUGCAUAAUAUGUAAAUGUAUUCAUGGAUUUAGAAGUACUGUCAAGCAAGAUAUUUAACAGUUUAUUUUAACUACUAUUUAGAUAGAAUACUAUAUUGUUGUCAAAUUGAAUUGGUCCUAAAGCCCGUGCCUGGGGGGGGGGAGUUUUAAAGGAGAUUCCCCCUCAUCGGAAAGUGUGUUGAUUUUUUCACAUACAUUUAGGUGUUUCAUACGUCGGUAAUAAAUGUUUUCUUGUUUAUUAUAUAUUAUUUCUCAAACGCACUUCUUCAAUUGAGGCAAUAGUCGAGUUUUAAACACGAACAGGAGUGCUUUUUCCGAUAUAAAUAUGUUUUAUAUCUGACAAAGCACGGACUGUGAGUGUUUUAAGUGAUUUCAAAAACUCAUUAAUAAUUCAUGAAGCAAUUAUCCAAUCUUGAGUAAGAAAUCAGUCACGUGCCUACGUCUUUAUACCAGCUAAAGAACACUUUAACAAAAGAACAUUGUUAUGCAAACUACAUAAAGAUUUUUAUAUAAAGAUUUUUAUAUAAAGAUUUGACUUAUUAUGCAAACGUUUUUGAAGCCAUUUAAAAAACUCGCAUGUCGUGUUUUAUUAGGUCUAAAGCCACUCGCGCGAACCUAAUAAAACACUCCUGCUCGUUUUUUAAAUAGUACUUAAAAAACGUCCCAUUUUAUGAGUUCAUUGGCGAAGUAAUUUUAAAAAUCAACGUUGUCUAAGCCGAGAAAAUAAAAGCUAAUUUUUAUGUAAAUUAACAUGAUUUUUUAUCACACAUACAACUACACCAAUAACAACUUCCAAUAUACUACUUAAGGUCUCUGGCACUAUAAUUCAAACUUUGGGAAACCUGUACCCUUUAAUUAACCUUCCACAUGAGUGCUCCGGGCUUAUAUACAUUUAAUUUAUAUUCCCAACAGAAUGGAAAUGAACAAACUCGACGUCGAUUAGCAGUUUACUGUCUCAAGGAUGCUUUAUUGCCAUUACGGUUAUUGGAGAAACUUAUGUGUGUGAUUAACUAUAUGGAAAUGUCUCGAGUGACGGGCGUGCCUUUCAGUUAUCUGUUGGCAAGAGGGCAACAAAUUAAAGUUAUUUCCCAGCUUAUGCGAAAGG